CACGCCUGAACCGUGAACGGCGUGAAUCUGUCAAAUUUGUCAUCUAUAUCAAAUGUCAACGUCAUCUGUCAAGAUGUCCAAUUAGCGUUAGGUGUUGACGAAAAUACGUGUAAUUUUGCUAAAUUUUAAUCAAUACAUACAAACCUAUUUUAGAAUAUCAAACCAAUAUGUUGUUUCUCAUUCCUCAUAUUGGCUGAAUCACAUUCCAAACUAAAAACAAUUUACUUAGAUUUUCGAAAUAAUUGUUUAGAAGAAUUGAUCACAAUGUCCUGCUCGGCAAUAUAUAUUUUGGAUGUAAAGGGAAAGGUUCUGAUCUCUAGAAACUACAGAGGCGAUAUUGAUCUAGGAGUUAUUGAAAAAUUUAUGCCUCUUUUAAUGGAAAAAGAAGAAGAGGGACUUUUAACACCAAUAUUACAAAUACCGGAGUGUACUUUCUCUUAUAUUAAAACCAACAACCUUUACAUAGUUAGCACUACUAAGAAAAAUGGAAAUAUUGCACUUGUAUUUGUAUUUUUGCAUAAAAUUGUCCAAGUUAUGACAGAGUACUUCAAAGAACUUGAAGAAGAAAGUAUAAGAGAUAAUUUUGUGGUAAUUUACGAACUUUUGGAUGAACUACUUGAUUUUGGUUAUCCUCAAACAACAGAUAGCAAGAUUCUUCAAGAGUACAUCACUCAAGAGGGACAUAAGUUGGAAAUCCAACCUAGAAUCCCAGUAGCAGUAACAAAUGCUGUGUCUUGGAGAUCAGAAGGCAUAAAAUAUCGGAAAAAUGAAGUAUUUUUAGAUGUUAUAGAAUCUGUGAAUCUUCUAGCAAAUGCUAAUGGCAAUGUUUUAAGGAGUGAAAUAGUAGGAGCAAUAAAAAUGAGAGUAUAUUUGUCAGGCAUGCCUGAACUGAGAUUAGGUCUCAAUGAUAAAGUCCUGUUUGAGAGCACAGGAAGAGGCAAGUCGAAAUCUGUAGAAUUGGAAGAUGUUAAGUUCCAUCAGUGUGUCAGGUUAUCUAGAUUUGAGAUAGACAGAACCAUCUCUUUUAUUCCACCUGAUGGAGAGUUUGAACUAAUGUCAUACCGACUGAAUACCCAUGUAAAGCCUUUGAUUUGGAUUGAAUCUGUCAUAGAAAGACAUGCUCAUAGCAGAGUUGAGUACAUGAUUAAAGCAAAGUCCCAAUUCAAGAGACGGUCUACUGCUAACAAUGUUGAAAUAGUCAUUCCAGUGCCACAUGAUGCUGAUUCACCUAAGUUUAAGACAACCAUUGGCAGCGUUAAGUAUGCUCCUGAACAAAAUGCUAUUACUUGGAGCAUAAAAUCAUUCCCAGGUGGCAAAGAAUAUCUCAUGAGAGCCCAUUUUGGGCUACCAAGUGUUGAAUGUGAAGAUUCUGAAGGCAAACCACCUAUUCAAGUAAAAUUUGAAAUUCCUUAUUUUACUACAUCUGGAAUUCAAGUCAGGUACUUGAAAAUCAUUGAGAAAAGUGGCUACCAAGCUUUGCCUUGGGUGAGGUAUAUUACACAAAACGGAGACUACCAGUUGCGAACUAACUGA